AUGCAUGCGGACACAGAACCACACACAGGCCGGGGAAGAGGGGAGCCGCCCUCUCGCCGCGCGCCCUCAAAGCCCUCUUCGCAAAGGGUCGAGGGUGCCACGGGUGCCAUCGCCCCGACGGCCGGCCGGAACGACUCCCCUCGCAGGCCGCCGUGGCAGCCGCAGCGCCGGAGCCGGUUCCCUGCAAGCGGCGGCGGCGUGCAUUGCGGGCCUCGAGCGAAGGCGCUCCGAGGCGCUUCUCGGAAGAGCCGUGACGCCGCAACUUGGGCCUCGACGGCGGUGUCGCAGGGCGCGGUGCGAGCGGCGGCGUCGGGCCCGACCCGCGCCGGAGCAGGGGCGACGGGCACAAGCAACCCGAGCGCCGAGGCCCGCGGGCGCCGCUCUCGCCCGCCGACGCCGCAGACGGGGCGGCGGAAGCGGCGCGGAUACGCCGGCGACCCGAGCCACGAAGGAGGGUCGCCGUGGCACUCCCGGACCCGCGCCUCGGCCGCCUCCGCCGGCACUCGAGCGGCUCUCUUCGGCGGAGGCAGGGGAUUCCUCCCCCUCCGCCUCCAGACGCCCUUCUUCUGCCUGCUGCCGCUGCCCGCCGACCCCAGUCGCCGCUCCCUGAUCGCUGCCCCGAUACGCGCCCAGAGGGAGGGUUGCGUCAAAGGGCCCGCCUUUCCCCUUCCCCCUCCGCCCCCCUCCCUCGUCCGUCCCACACCCAAGCCGCCCUGGAACGCCCACGCCACGCCCACACCAAGCAGCCCUGCCCGCGACGCCGCCCUCGCCCGAACCCCGACGUCUUCACAGGCCCCGGAAUCCGCAGCCGUCGCUUCCAGGCCGGGGCGGCGGCCCCGGGCGUCGAGCGAGCGAGCGAGUGACAAGUGGCCCGACGCAGGGCUGCUGAUGCAGCUGUGCAUCCUUGGCCAGCGAGACAGAGGCCCGAGUCCGCUCCGCGUCCGCGCCCUUCGCUCGGCCCCGCGAUCGCCGAACUAG